GUAUAGAGAUUAUAGAGAGAUUUUAUAAUCGUUACAUUCUAGUCAUUGCACUAGUCAGUAGAUACUAGGUGAUCUGAUCAGCGCUUUAUUCUUGAAGCUGAUUAAAUUAGUACUAGAUUAAGUAAUUAAAUUCUAUCAAAAUGAGUGCCGAAGAUUUGCUACAGCCUGGCCACGUCGUCAAGGAGCGCUGGAAAGUGGUGCGCAAGAUUGGAGGCGGAGGAUUUGGUGAGAUAUACGAAGGCCAGGAUCUGGUGACGAGAGAACAGGUCGCCCUCAAGCUCGAGUCGGCCAAGCAGCCCAAGCAAGUCCUCAAGAUGGAGGUGGCCGUGCUAAAGAAGUUGCAAGGUCGCGACCACGUAUGUCGCUUCAUCGGGUGCGGGCGCAACGAGCGUUUCAACUACGUGGUGAUGCAGCUGCAGGGUAAGAACCUAGCAGAGCUACGGCGCGCGCAGCCUAGAGGAGCCUUCAGUCUCUCCACAGCGCUCAGGCUCAGCCACCAGAUACUCAAGGCUAUUGAGGCCAUCCAUGAAGUCGGCUUUUUACAUCGUGACAUCAAACCGUCGAAUUUCAGCACCGGCCGCCUCCCACACAACUGUCGCAAGGUCUACAUGCUUGACUACGGCUUGGCUCGUCAAUACACCAACGCCCAGGGCGAAGUGCGAACACCUCGAGCUGCUGCUGGUUUCAGGGGUACAGUUCGCUACGCUUCCAUAAACGCGCACAAGAACAAGGAGAUGGGCCGACACGACGACUUGUGGUCGCUCUUCUACAUCACAGUCGAGUUUGUCAACGGCCAGCUGCCCUGGAGAAAAAUCAAGGAUAAGGAACAGGUUGGUUUAAUGAAAGAGAAGUACGAUCACCGCACUCUCAUCAAGCACAUGCCGUCCGACUUCAAGCAAUUCCUGGAACACAUCCAAGGUCUCGCAUACUUCGACAAGCCCGACUAUGCGAUGUUGUCGGGUUUGUUCGAGCGCUGCAUGAAGCGUCGUGGGGUCAAAGAGUCCGAUCCCUACGACUGGGAGAAGACGCCCACCGACAACUCCAUCGGCACCACCACCACCACCACCCACGCCGUCAUGACCAAGGCGCAGCAGGCCGACAGCCGUAUGGGGUACGGAACCCGGACGGACCGGGCAGGGGGCGGCGGGGGGCUCACGGAGAACAUGCUGGACGACAACGUGCUGGACCAGGAGAAUAUCGACGCGCCGCCCACCGACACGCAGGGCGACGCAGACCCUCGCAGACGCAGACGUCGCGACCACCUCCCUCACCAGCAGCAGCAGAAGACGGAGACAAAAGAUCGAGUGCUCAACGACAGCAAUGCUAACGCCCAAGUGGUCUCGAACAGGGAGAAGGAAGCUAACCCUGUCGAAAUGUCUCCGAAGAAACGAAAGGUUGACGAUGCCAGCAAUGAGAAGGAAGCUGACACGGGACAGCCGGAGAAAGACAAAGAGUCCAACGCAGAAUGGGACGCCGAAUCUAACCUCGAUGGCAAGCUUGGCAAGAAAACUCACAAAUUGUCUGUGGUGGUGGGCGGUCCAGUGUCACAUAACUCAGCCACAGCAGACGAUAAAAACAGGAAGCCUUUAGCGGUACUGAGGCUAUCGUCUGUUGAUACGCCCGUUGACGACAUCGAAAUGAAUGCAGAAACUGGCAGCAAGCGUGACGAUCAGGAUGGCAGCUACCUGAGCUUCCAAGAUAGCCGCAUUCCACGGUCCUCGGACCCGAUGACCUUAGGGGGCGUCUCUCCAGGAGCGUCGACCCCUCCCACGGACCUGGAGCUGCUGGGGCGCGAGCAUCCCUUGCACAGACGGGCUAAUCAAAAGAGCAGGCUGCAUCCUGUGACACGAACCAAGUUCUUGGGCCACCGGGACCUGUCCAUCACGCAGUUCGCCGUGGCAGACGACGACAACAUGUCGCAACCUGCCACGAAGGGCGGUGGUGGAGGCGGACUUACUCUUGCGUCACAGUGGAAGUCUCAAUUCGACGACUCCGAGGAGACCGACAACGAACUGAAAGUUGAUAAUUUGCAAAGCCCCGAACACAAAAAACGAAUGGCGCUUGUAGCAGCGGAGGAAGGUAGCGAGCGGGCCGCAGACGCGCCACAACAGCUCAAUGACAAUAAGAAGGACUUCAGCCAUGAGCAGCAGCCUUCACAUGUGACAGCGGCCGCUGCUGAUGUUUCGCGUAUAAGUGAGGAAGAGAGACUGCGAUCGUCCGACUACCUUACUAACACUCAGGUUCCUGACCUGACACUCGUGGGUGGAAGUCAGGCGGUGGAAGAGCUCAGGCUUGUGGCCCGAGUGUCUUCCGAUGCCUCUGAAAAGUACAAAACGAAUCCGAACAAAGACAUCCCCUUAGCAAUAACAACGACAACAACAUCAACAAUGGCAGCAACAGCAGACGGCAGAUUGGCUUCGUCGAUCACCAUGAGCUACAAGUCCCCUACAAACAACCGACGUUUGCCACGCGUAUGGUCUAACCCACAGUUAUCGAGUCAUCUUCGGCCAGGCUUGGAAGCACCUCUUCUUCAACAAACCCACGUUGCUGAUGCAUCCUACGAGUUGGACGUCACCCGUGGUUUGGCCAUCAAAACGUCCCGGGACGGGUCACCCGUCACUCCGGAGCGACGGCAAAGCAUGCCGGAUAUUGGAAUCGCUGACAACGAUGACGAAGAAGAAGAGGAGGAAGAGGAGGAGGAAGAAGAAGAAGAUGACGACGAUAAAGAUGAAGCGGAAGAGAACGGCGAAGAUGCCGUCGUCGAUUGUAAAAUAGAAUUCCGAUUCAUGGAUAAAGACCGAAAAUUCUCCGAGCCUUCAGGCGCGACAACGAUCGUGCAGAGGCAAGUGAGAAUGUCUCGAGAGGAGCUGAACCAAGUUGUUCCUGCCCCUCCAGCAUUUUCUGGCCUAGAAAAUGACCAGGAAAGUUUUUUCCCUGAGCCACUGCUAGAUAUCCCGAACCUGGUCACAGAAAGCGCCAUGAGCAGUCCAGGAGUGUUGCUGGAUGAGAGGUCUGUAUACUUCGACGCACAAGCAGGCCACGACGCAUCGUUCAGUCGUAGCAUCAUACGCAGGGAUGACUAUUCAACUCACAGCAAAAUUCUUUCCAAGAACGAUGAGGACUCCUUUGAAACGGCUGCUAGAGAAGAACAACCUGACGUUCGUCAUGAUUUGAAACCCAAACAGAAGAAAAGCGCCAGCAGUUCUGCACUGCUUCCGCCAGUCUCUGAAGUCAGCCAACUGAAAGAAGUUGAGCACUUAACCCAAUAUGAUUCGGUGGCGAUGCCACCUGACCCGAGCCAGUAUGAAUCAGCUUUCCAAGAAAUUGGAAAAGAUGGAAAUAUUCAUCACAUAAACACUGAAGGGAGGAAGUCAGUACAAUGUUUAAUCGAUGAAAUGUUCGAUGAUUCUGAUAAUAGAAAACCAUCUGUAAUACUCGUUCAGGAUCUUCCAUCUGCCUUUCAAAUGCAAAAAAGUCUCGCGAAACCAAGAACUACGUCGAGCUCCCCCAAGUCAACGCCUCCCAACAGCGAGAGGAGAAAUUUGUCGUCUCGUCAGCGGCGGUCGUGCGAGAAUCUUCUAGAAAGUUCAGAUUUGUCUUCCAGAUCAACAACAACUCCUCGACCCAGUGAACUGAGAUCGCGUACGUCAACAUCGCCGGAAAUUUUUGUUCAACAUAAAUUUCGGAAUCCGCCCACUGAUGACUUGAGUCCUCGGAGUCGAAUACCCGUGGCCACCAAAAGCAGAAACGGAAAAUUUUCCGAUCACGGAGAAGAGCAUGCACUACUGUACACCUCUACACCGAACAUUGCAGGUGCGAACCUUAGAUCCACCAGGUACGAAAACACGGAGAGGAAAAUAUCUUUAGGCGUAGUAGACAUCGCAAUGUCUCCACAAGGAAACGAUGACGACAACAGCCUCAGCACUCGAAGCCUUUUGUCCGACCGUAAAAACUCUCGCUCAGCUAGAAUAUUAUCUUAUGGCCGUGAAAACGAGAACGAGGAAGAUGAAAACGAUUUUCAUGGGGCAAUCAGUCAAGAAGACAUGACGAAAGAAUUUGCAGAUCUUACUCCCGCACUUCGAAAACGAAGAGGGGUCGAAAAAUACGUCACUGACGAGUCGCAGCUCAACCUGCGUUUCCAGCGCCGCAGAACUCGUCCAAUGUCGGACGUCACCCCACCUCCCCAAGCUCUCCUGAACGCCAGAACCCGACAGGAUAGACAACGGGUUUCGAUGAUAGAGAUGGGAUCCGGGGGACGAUAUUUCGACGGUGCCAGGGGCGUGCCGACGUAUUUGUUGAAGCCUCAGCACGAGGAGUCGGACGAGUCUGACAGCUCUCACCUCCAGCACCGGCACCUGCAGCACCGCAAGCCAAGGCCCCCCACCACUGAUCCACCGCCAACCCGCGAUGUCAACGCUAGGCUCCGGCGAUACAGGCCUUUGAGUGCGGACAACAGUGACUGUCGGAGACGUCUGCACAACCAUCCCAACCAGCAGCACCACCACCACUACCAUCCACAACAACAACAACCUCCACCCCACCAAAUGCAGCAACAACCACAACAACCAUCUCAGCAACAACCACCGUCACCAAGCUGUCAUCAAGGCAACCACUACCGAAUGCCCACCGAAUGACCUGACCAAGCUAUGUUAGGUGAACUUGUUGUCAAAACAUCAACUUAUUUCGACGUUUGAACUUCGUUCUUGAAGAUCCUAGACUUGGUCCAUUUAAUCAGUCAAUGAUCGGAAAUGAUCGCAGUUAUGUGGAUGUGAUUUGCGUAUCAUUUAUAGGAUUUGGUGAUGCAGAAUACGUUGGUGUAAUCACUGAAAUUAUUUUAUUUUCUUCCGAUUUUGAACGUGAAUUAACAUAUUAAUUAGUGAACCUGAAUAAAUUUCGUCUACUAUUGAGU